AGUACAGUGUAUUAUGCAGCGAACAUUUCGAAAGAUCAUGUUUCGAAGAGGGUCCCUUGCGAAUGGCAGAAAUGGGAAUCAGCACUCGUCGACUCGUGCUGAAGAAAGGUGCGAAGCCAACUAUUUUCGAUAGACCACGGACAAGUCCGGAGCACCCGACCCCCUCCAAAAGCGGACAGACUGUGCACAUGAGGUCUGCAUUUGCCAAAAGGGAAAGGAAGAGGACAAUAGAUCAGAUCAUGGACAGUACGACUACGGCAUCAGUGGCGGAUGCGGUGGAUGAACCAAUGGCAAUGGCACUAGAUUUGCCUGAUGAGGAGGGCGAUCAAGAUCAGGGAAAUACAAGAGAACAAGGAUGCCAGACGGACUGGGUACCGAUUGGGACAGCACCAACAGCAAUGACCAGUAGCAAGAGCACCCAAACAGGGAAAAUACAUCAUAGAUCAAAGGGACACCAGGUGACCCCAGAUAUCCUCGAGAGGGUUAGAGCUCGGCCGGCCAGGGUUAGUGAAGUCCCAUUGUCAAGUGUAGCAGCUCCAUCUGACAGCCCCGAGAUGCAGACUAACAUAGCAGCUCCAGGUGCGUCUGGAAUGCAAGCCAAGCUACGACCACCUCCUGCAUUGUUUGAUGAAGGACCAGCAUCAAGUCCCACUGCGCCUUUUGUUAGUGGUUCUUCCGAUGACAGCUAUGUGCCGAGUGAGUCAACGACAUCGGAUCCGUGUCAAUCUGACGGGUCGCCAGAUCGCCCAUGUACUCACCAGAUGCGUGAAGAGGGCUGCCACAAGGAACCGAAGUACAUCAUCUUUGAGUCGUGCCUCCAGAGUCUCGUCAAGUGGUGUCACUGUCCAGUCUGUGGCAGCCAGGACAUAAGCCCUUCUUGGGAUUCGAACGGUACACAGCUGACCAUGACUCUUCAAUGUGCAUCAUGUGACCAGAGGAGUAGUUGGAGCAGCCAGCCAAACAUUGGCCCUUAUGCCGCGGGCAACAUCCUGCUGUCUGCUGGCAUCCUCUUCGCUGGGGCAUCUUCUGGCAAGGUGUUGCAAGUGCUGAACAGCAUCGGAGUGGUCACGUAUGUGAAGAGGACAUUUUUCAACCACCAGGAGCUCAUCCUGCAGCCAGCCAUCAAAAAGGUGUGGGAGGAACAGCAACGGACGCACCUCACCAUGCUGCAGGUGGAAGGCCGACCCCUCGUCCUUGGUGGUGAUGGGCGAGCAGACAGUCCGGGACACAGCGUCAAGUUCGGUACCUACACCACAAUGGAGCUUGUGGCCAAUGUGGUUCUCGACCUUCAGGUUGUACAUAGCAACGAAUGUCUUGGCAGCUACCAUAUGGAGAUGGAAGGACUGAAGAGGAUGGUGGAACUGCUGAUCAGCUGGGACCUGGAUGUCGGGGUGCUGGUGACAGACCGACACAGACAGAUCGCUAAAUGGAUUCGUGAAAACAUGCCCAAUACACGGCACUGCUAUGACAUCUGGCAUGUUGCAAAAUCCAUCGGAAAGAAACUGAAGGCCAUCGUCAAGCAUAAGGACUGUGAAGACCUGAAGCCCUGGGUGCAAAGUAUAAUCAACCACCUCUACUGGGCAGCAGUGUCUACACCGCCUGGAGAGGGGGAACUUCUGGUUGCCAAGUGGAAGUCUGUGGAGCGACACAUUCAGAACAUCCACAAGGACCAUGGCGACCUCUUCCCAAUUUGUACUCAUGGACAACUGCAACGGCAAAAGAAAUGGCUCAAACAAAGUUCACGCUCAGCAGUGAAACUGGAGGAGGUGGUCAACAACAAGUCCCUGCUAAAAGAUAUCGCCAUGCUGUCGGGUGAACACCAGACUUCCAAGGUGGAGGUGUUCCAUAGCCUUAUCAUACAGUUCGCACCGAAAAUGUAUGUCUUCUCAUACAUCGGAAUGCUGUGCAGGAACCUGCUUGCUGGGCUGCACUGGAACGAAAAUUCGAGCCGCCCUAUAGCCACUACACAAGCGGGUGCUGAGCGCUAUGCAGUACGCUACCCGAAGUAUAAAGCAGGGGGCCAUGUGGUCAAGAAAAUCGCGACAGAGCCAACAUACCGCUACGUAGAUGACUUGAUCAGGGAGGUUGUUGCUGGCUGCAGACAGACCCCUGACGAGAGAACACCACUCAGCGUUACUGUGGAUGGGCCUCCCUUCCUCUGCGAUGAACUGGAGAAGCCAGACAAGGAGGAAGCCAUCGCCAAGCACAGGAGUCGCUUCGGCGAUCUAUGUCGUGUGCUCCUCCAGCAUCGAUAGCAGCAGCGUCCUCCUGACCGUCUUCAUCAGCGUCGGGUUCAAAGCGGUAUGGCUCUAUCCCUCUCACAGCUUCUUCCCUAUCUGAAUCGCUUCCACUCCCCACUAGUCCUUCACUUGCACUUUCCUCAUCCACAAAUCUUUCAUCCUCGCUCAAAUUAAUGGAGAAAUCGUCGCUAUCUCGGUCAGAAUCGCUCUCAGAUCUGGCGGCCAUCAUUGCAAACAAUAGGGAGCUUUGCGGAUAUGUUCAAUUGUCUACGUCACGCUACUUCCGGUAGGGGAAAGGCUUUUUUUUGUCAGAUACCAAAAGUUGCGAUCUUUAUCGUCGUUUUUCUAUUCUAAAUCCUUUCAGCAAAAAUAU